AUGGUAAUUAUGUUGGGAGUGGCUGUGACUCUGAUUAGAUGUGGGGUAAUUGUGGAGGGUGAUCUGUUCUCUAACCACAAGAUUUUGGAAGCUGAAAGAAAAUUAACCCAACUCAGAAAGCCUGCAGUUAAAACCAUUCAGAGUGAAGAUGGUGAUAUUAUUGAUUGCAUUGACAUUUACAAGCAGCCAGCUUUUGAUCAUCCUGCUCUCAGCAACCAUACCAUCCAGGUAACUUUUAUGGCACCCACGUAUGAUCCAGAAAGGGAGAGAAAGACAGUGACAAAAAUGGACAGAUUGAAGAAAAAGAAUGAAGAACAAUCUUCCAGGAUGGUGAAGCAAAAAUGGAGGAAAAGUGGAAGCUGUCCUCCGGGAACAAUCCCGAAGGCAAUAUUGCUUACAGUAGGGUACAGAUAUACUGGAGGCAAAGGAGACAUCAAAGUUUAUAACCCUAUGGUUGACCUCGAUGAUGAUUACAGCACUUCUCAAGUUAGCCUCCUAAAUUCACGUGAGAUGGUUGAAUCCGGAUGGGCGGUGAAUCCGAGCGUCUACGGAGAUAGAGAGACUCGAUUUUUCGUGUAUUGGACUGCUGAUGAUUCAAAGAAAACAGGUUGCUUUGAUCUUACUUGUCCUGGAUUUGUUCAAGUUAGCAACAAAGUCGCUCUUGGUGCAGCAAUUUAUCCAGUAUCUUUUCCUCAUGACCUUCCAUAUGAAAUAAUCGUUUACGUCUUCAAGGACCCGGUGACAAGCAAUUGGUGGGUGCAAUAUGGGGAGAGCAUUUACGUCGGAUAUUGGCCGCCGCAGCUGUUCCUUGCGUUGAGCUAUCAUGCAACUAGUGUGGAGUGGGGAGGUGAAGUCUACAGCUCAAGAGUAGGAACUACUCCUCACACAGAAACAGACAUGGGAAGUGGACAGUUUGCUGAUUUUGUUUGGGGGACUUCAGGUUCAGUAAAAAGAAUCCGAAUACACGACAAUUCGCCUGAGCUGAAAUUGCCGGAAUACGCUGAUGUGUAUAUGGACGAGUUCAACUGCUAUGAUGUCAAGUAUCUAGUAGAUUAUGUUGAAGAACCUGAGUUCUAUUACGGAGGGCCUGGUAGAAAUCCUAUGUGUCCUUAAUCAAUAGGGAUACCUCUUGCUUUUGUAUUCACCUAGU